CCGAUAGAGCGGCUGGGUGACGUGUGAGGAGCACCGUGUACACGGCUGUGUAUAGAGUUGACAAAGAACCAUGCAUACUGGCCCUCUUUCCGGGUGUUCUGAGAUAAGGAACAUAAUAGAUGAAGUAUGAAGGACUCGCUGACCCUGCUGAACAGAGUGAGCGCUCACCCUGACUCCCGCUGCUGGUUCCUGGCAUGGAACCCCACCGGAACUCUCUUGGCAUCUUGUGGGGGAGAUAAAACCAUCCGAAUUUGGGGCAAAGAGGGGGAUAACUGGAUAUGCAAGUCAGUCCUUGGAGAAGGUCACCAGCGCACCAUUCGGAAAGUAGCAUGGUCACCCUGUGGCAAUUACUUGGCCUCUGCCAGUUUUGAUGCCACCACUUGCAUCUGGAUGAAGAAGACCAAUGACUUUGAGUGUGUCACCACCCUUGAAGGCCACGAGAACGAGGUGAAGUCUGUGGCCUGGGCACCUUCUGGGAAUCUCCUGGCAACAUGUAGCCGUGACAAGAGUGUGUGGGUUUGGGAAGUUGACGAAGAGGAGGAAUAUGAGUGCGUCAGCGUACUAAACUCGCACACGCAGGAUGUGAAGCAUGUAGUGUGGCACCCCAACCAAGAGUUAUUGGCCUCGGCCAGCUACGAUGACACAGUGAAGUUGUACCGUGAAGAAGAGGAUGACUGGGUGUGCUGUGCCACUCUGGAGGGCCACACGUCCACUGUGUGGAGUUUAUCUUUUGACCAGAGCGGGGAGCAGCUGGCCACCUGCAGUGAUGAUAAGACUCUGCGGAUCUGGAGACAGAUAAAGUCUGGAGAAGAGGAAGGUAAAAAAGAUCCCACCUGGAAGUGUGUAUGUACUCUGACUGGAUACCACAACAGGACCAUCUAUGAUGUCCAAUGGAGCCAUCUGACAGGUGCCAUUGCCACGGCCUGUGGAGAUGACGCCAUCAGGAUUUUUGAAGAGGAUGCUGGCUCUGAUACUAUGCAGCCAACAUUUUCUCUGACCGCCCACAUGCCCCGAGCCCACUCCCAAGAUGUCAACUGCGUGGCAUGGCACCCUAAGGAACCUGGUCUCCUGGCUUCUUGCAGUGAUGAUGGAGAUUUUGCUUUUUGGCAGUACCAGCGCCCAGAGUAGUUUUAUAUAUACAUUGCUCUAAAAUCCAUCGUUUGACUUUUGAAUUACUCAUAACCUGAAGGAGAACUAUAAAAUCCAGGUCCUUUUAUUUACACAUCCCCCAGGAGUAUUGGAUAUGAAUUGUAGGUUACUUCAGAAGUGACUGCUGAUAAUAAUCACCACGUCUUACUGCUAUGUGUGUAUUAUGCUGGUGCAUUGUCUAUUAUUUCAUUUUAUGAAUGUGCAUUUCUAAAAUAAAGGAUUGCUGACA